GUUCUCAUUUUGAAAACACGCACACACACGGGGUUCAACCGGCUGCUGCUUGAGACCGGAAGGAGAUUAACAUAGAAGAACAGCUCCUUUUACCACCAAUCUAGCGAAGAUGAGUACCAUGAAAUUUUGUCGAGAAUGCAACAACAUUCUCUAUCCUAAAGAAGAUAAGGAUCAGAAGAUCCUCCUCUAUGCUUGCCGCAACUGCGAUCAUCAGGAGGUUGCCGAUAACAACUGUGUCUACAGAAAUGAGAUACACCAUGCUGUUGGGGAGCGAACUCAAGUUUUGCAGGAUGUUGCUGCAGAUCCAACUCUUCCACGCACAAAAGCAGUUCGGUGUGCUCAAUGUGGUCAUGGAGAGGCUGUUUUCUUCCAGGCAACUGCUAGAGGGGAAGAAGGUAUGACAUUGUUUUUCGUUUGCUGCAAUCCAAACUGUGGCCAUCGGUGGAGGGAUUGAGGAGUAUGCAGUGAAACUUUUGAUGGAUUGUUACUCGUGAUUGUUAAUCGAAAGCGGUGGAAGAGUGGAUGCUAAUGGGAACUUGUGAGAUUUCUAAUUGUAAUCUUAGUUGAUGACUAGGUAUUGGAGUUGGAACUGAAAUUAAAUCGACAAGUUUGUUCUUCACUCUUGCUUUACGAUAGUAUGGUUUAAUUGUGGGUUUUGAA